AUGUCUGACCAGGAGGCAAAACCUUCAACUGAGGACUUGGGUGAUAAGAAGGAAGGAGAAUACAGUAAAUUAAAAGUUACUGGACAGGGUAGCAGUGAGAUUCACUUCAAAGUGAAAAUGACAACACAUCUCAGGAAACUCAAAGAAUCAUACUGUCAAAGACAGGGCGUUCCAAUGAAUUCACUCAGGUUUCUCUUUGAAGGUCAGAGAAUUGCUAUUAAUCAUACUCUAGAAGAACUGGGAAUGGAGGAAGAAGAUGUGGUUGAAGUUUAUCAGGAACAAACAGGGUGGGGGAGUCACUCAAGGGUUUAG